AUGUCAUUAGGCACAGGCAGCCCCAAGGCGUCUGAACAGUUCAGGGACCGCUUGGUCUCGAGGUAUUUCUCCGCCACCACGGAUCUUGCACGACCAAGCCCGGGUCUCGAUAUAACAGAACUGAACACCCGUCGCGCAGUCAAUUUCGCUCCCAAAUCCUCCACCGAUACCGCGCUCAAUGCUUUUGCUGAGUUACUUCUCCUUCGUCUCAACGCCACCCACGCAUUGAUAUCUCUCAUCGACUCAAGUCAACAGUAUGUUUUAGCAGAAGCUGCAACGGCGUCGGCUACGCAGUCGGGCUUCGCAGCCAAGAAUAAUAAUGCGCUCUGGAUUGGUAGUGUGGUCUUGCCCAGAGAGACGGGGCUGUGCUCAUUGGUCCUGUCCAACUCCUCCGAAUCAGCAUUGUAUGCAGAGCAGGAUCAUGAUGUUGACCCGGACAUGGUAGUCAUCAACGACUUGAGGGAAGACGCGAGAUUCUGCAACCGCCCGUUCGUGGUGGACGGCCCUCAGAUGCGCUGGUAUGCGGGUGCUCCUAUCCGGUCGCCUGACGGCGUAAAACUGGGGGCUGUUUGCGUGUUCGACGACCGCUCUCGGCAGGAUUUUCCGAGGGAAGAUCAAGUAUUCCUCUGUAACACCGCCAGAACUGUUAUGAACCAUCUUGAUGCUGUCAAAAUCAGGUCAGAACACCAGCGACGAGAUAGACUCAUCGAAGGUUUGCAGGCGUUUGUGAGCGGUCUGUCGGGACUCACAAGCCAGUGGACUGAAGCCGCUGAUAUGCGUCCUGCAGACGGCGCCAUCACAGCUCCGCAAUUGAGUCAGGGAAGUGAUGUUGACUCGGCAAGGCAUUCGACAUGGUGGGAGGCGGCCCUCCCUUCUGGUUGUAAGUCCAUGUUCAGUCGAGCCGCAAAUAUAAUCCGGGCUGCUGGCGGCUACGAUGGUAGUGCCUUUUUCUACAUUCCCUCUGUUGAGUCUUCCCGUAAGUCUAGACCACGCCAGGAACAAGUGGACAACCCUAUGCGGGCUGAGAUACGCCACUCUCCGAUGACAGGCAGUUCUCCGUCCUCAAGCGCGACAGAAGAGUUACCCGAUGCUAUGGAGUCUCACCCCGACCAGGAGCCUUCUAGCGAUGAUGAGACUAGUUCAGAUGCAGUCUGCCCUAUAUUGGCUUUCUCCCUGACCCAAGCCGGUGAAGAAGUUCGAGUCAGAAAUCAGCAGCAGUUCCCUCGGUUCCUGGUACGUGAUAUGCAGAAGCUUAUGGGACGUAGACCCCGCGGACGGGUAUACUUGCUGGAUAGCCUCAGUACAGCGUUGCCAGGCGACACUUCAAGUUCGGGUUCGGGAGCGGACAACCGAAAGCCUGAUCAACACACCACGACGGGUGCCAGCACUCGCCACCCUGAUGACCGGCACAAGAGACGCAGAACCGCGCAAGUCAAGGCGUUGCUGAAGCUCGAACCCAACGCCAGGGCAUUCGUCUGUCUUCCUCUGUGGGAUUACAAUCGAAAGCGAUGGUUCGCAUUCAAUGUUUGUUGGCUUUUGAAGCCGGAUCGGGAUCUUGCGACUGACCAAGACUUGAAGUUUCUACAGGUGUUCAGCAACAGCAUCACAAAUGCUCUGGCGCAUCUUGACUCUCUCGAUGAAAGUCGAGCAAAGGAUUCCUUCGUUUCUUCGGUAUCGCAUGAACUACGGUCACCGCUCCAUGGCAUCCUCGGGGCUACCAAUUUUCUGUAUGACAGCAGCAUGGGACGCUUCCAGCGCGAAAUGGUGGACACCAUCACAAGUUGUGGGCGAACCCUGUUGGAAUCUCUAGAACACGUCAUGGACUUUGCCAAAAUCAACAAUUUUUCCCAAGUCAACAGCGAAACCCUUUCUAAAGCAGCAUUGCCAAAGAAGCAGAACAUGGAGUGGCGAAGGAAAAAGGCAUUCGCGGCGUCAAGCCUCACGUCAUCUGCCGACAUAAGCUUGGUCAUCGAAGAGGUAGUGGAAGCUGUUGCGCUGGGCCAUACAGUUCAGCAUGAUUUCCUCCACUCAGAGGAUGCCACAGGAGGAACCGCAGUGCAGGUUCCAAAGUUCACCACAGAGCCACAAGAACAAUCAAAUAGCCACAGGAUCGGAACAACACGUGGUCAGGUUCGCCUAUGUCUAGAUCUGCCUGCUGGCAAUUCUUAUUUUGAAACGCAGCCAGGCGCGUGGAGAAGGAUCAUUAUGAACCUGGUGGGUAAUGCGUUGAAGUACACAUGGGAGGGCUCCAUCAGGAUUUCGUUACGGGUGCAGGACGCCGAAAUUGGUUUAGGUGAACAACAACCGGACGAUUCGAAAAGGCCCAAGGAUGGUGCUGCUUUGUUUCUGACGGUCCGGGACACUGGCAUCGGGAUGUCCAACGAAUUCAUGCAGAACCAUAUCUUCAAAGCAUUUUCGCAGGAGGAUUCGUUGGCUGUCGGGACUGGGCUUGGCCUCAGCAUCGUGGAGCAGGUGGUCAACUCCAUGGGCGGCCAUAUCGAGGUUUCAAGCGCGAGGGGCUUCGGAUCGACGUUCGGCGUCCAUCUAACAUUGAAGAGGGCUGAGGUUAAGGCGGCGCAGGGCACGAGAGCAGACCUCAUCGCUGCCGUCGCCAACCGCUUGAAAGGUCUUCGGAUCUGCGUUCUUGAAGACGUCAAUUCGAAAGGCUCGCAAGAGAACAGGGAAGUCUUAUUGAGGGCCGAGCAGCACUUCUCACAGAGUCUUAUCCACACUCUUCGGGAAUGGUUCGAUAUUGAGGUCUUGACGGCGUCCCAAUGGACUGCGAAGUCUGCAGAUUUGGUUAUCUGCUUGGAACCAUCCUUCCACCAGCUCCAGUCAGUGCGCUCGCUAUCUGGGAGUUUGACGCCUCCUGUAUUGUUCAUCGCACAUGAUGCCCUCGAAUCGGCUGUACUACGGGCCGAUUCCCGUGUCACAAGCUCAGAAUCAUUCGUUGAGAUUACCUACCAACCGCUGGGACCCCGCAAACUCGCCGCCGCAUUGCUUCACUGCCUCGACCAGGCGCAGUUGCACACCCAAAAUAGCUCGGCGGAGUCCCUCCUUCCUGAAGACUCGCGGUCCGAUUAUCGAACUUACUUAGAGGGCGCAAACGCCGCAUUCGAUCCAAAUGCGCGAUGCGCUACGCCUAAAGACAGGAGGCCUUCAGGAGAUGUUGCGCAUCCAUACCACGGAAAGGUACCGAGGGAAGAUCGUAGCUCUGUGCUUUGCGUCGAUGACAAUCCCCUUAACCUCAGGCUCCUCACUACCUUUGUGGCGAGGAAGAGUCUGCCAUUUGAGCAGGCGGUCAACGGACAAGAAGCCGUCGAUACGUACAUUGCAGCACCAACCUCGUUCUGUUGCGUUUUGAUGGGUGCGGUCGCCCAGAUCUUCUCAUUUGCUCAUCGAUCUCAACUGACCCGCGGUACUUAG